AUGUGUUGUAAUUUUUUUAAAAAGCCUCAUGUAUUUAACCAGAUGGAGCUACAAACAAAUAACAUGAGUUUUCUUCAAUGUUUACAUCGUAAAAGUGAAUGAAUCAAAAAGGAUAGACUUGUAAAUUUUAAUUAAGCUUAAUUACUGCUUUUACCUAGUCUAUAUAAUUUAUUUAUUUAGUCCAAUAAAUCAUGAACUGAUUUAAAGUGUUGUGCCUUGAAAUCACUUGAAAACAAUCUUCAAAAUAACCGUGUUUUUACUUGUGAAAAAUUUUCCUUUCUCGUUUUCUAAUCAAUCUUAGUUUUUUCAUGGUUUCAACUUGAUUGUCAUUUAAUUAGUGUUAAACGUGUAAAAUUUUAGCAUAAACACGACAAUAGUGUUUGGCAAACCGAUGAGAACUGCGGAUGAAUCAAGAAUUGAAUUAAAACCAUUCUAUUCGAUUGCCCGUCAAACUAAAAGCUCAAGGUUUAGGUUUCAACCAACUUCAAUUUAGAAAAUUUGAAAUCUAAUCUCAGUUUUCACGAGACAAUUUAUUUGCCGAUCGCAAUGAUUUUUAAAAACUCCUUCAAAGUGAUCUUGCCAAUCUUCAAACGUUUCAAUGCAACUUCAUUGUUACGACGUUAUUCGAACAAGCCAAAUCUUCUUGAAAUACCUAUUCCUAAAGUACUGCUUUCAAAGGCAAAUCUAGAUCAAACUAAUAGAUUUGAUGCAUUGGUUGAUGAGCUGAAUCAACUUCAUGAAAUUAUGAACGAAGCUGAUUCAAAUUUGGAAAACUUGGUCAAUGAAGAUCUUCGUAAGCUAAGAGUCAAAUUUUUGGACCUUCAAAAUGACAUCAUUGAUACUUUAACCAAAGAUGAAUACAGCAAUGUUAAUGAAUGUUUCCUGGAAAUCAAAGCAGGAGUUGGUGGUCAAGAGGCCAUGUUAUUUGCCGCUGAAUUGUUACAAAUUUAUCUGAAGUACAUUAAAUGGCAUGGAUGGAUGAUUGCAAGUGUUGAAGAUGAUUUGAGUGAACUGGGGGGAUUGAAACACGCUGCAUUAAGCAUAAAAGGCUUUCAAGUAUUUACCUUUCUUCGUCAUGAAGCUGGUGUUCAUAGAAUACAAAGAGUUCCCUCAACAGAAAGGAGUGGACGAAUUCAUACCUCGACUGCAUCCGUUGGUAUUUUACCUCUUCGUAAUUUAGGUAAAAUUGACCUUAAAGAUGCUGAUUUGAAAUUUGAAGCAACAACCUCUUCUGGUCCUGGUGGGCAACAUGUCAAUAGAACAGAAACUUGUGCUCGCGUUGUACAUUUGCCAACAAACCUACAAGUCGUUUGUCAAGAAACAAGAUCUUAUUUGGAGAAUAAGGAAAGAGCAUUGCAACGUUUAAAAAGCUUGCUUGCGCGACGUGAAAAUGAGCUACAUUAUGCUAAUUAUCAAAAACUUAGACGAGAACAAUAUGGUGAUUCUGGAAGGAGUGAGAAAAUACGAACUUAUAAUAUUGUUCAAGAUAGAGUGACUGAUCAUAGGCUAAAUGAAAAUUUGUAUCAUAUUAAAGAUUUCAUGAAAGGCGAACCUGAAAGGUUACACAGGAUGAUUGUUAAAUUAGAGGAUAUAAGAAAACAAUCUAUUUUAAAGCGAGUACUUGUCGAUUGUAAAUAGUCGUAAAUGGUUAUGAAAACUUAUUAAAAAGAGCAACUAUCCAAAAGUAACAAUAUAAAACGAA